GGAGAUGUACAUCAUUAAAGAUGGCCAGCUGGCAGUGGUGGGGGAGGAUGGAGUCACCCAGUUUGCUGUUCUGACAUCAGGAAGCUGUUUCGGGGAAAUCAGCAUCUUGAACAUCAGCGGCAGCAAGAUGGGGAACCGUCGUACAGCUAACAUCCGCAGUCUGGGAUACUCAGACCUCUUCUGCCUUUCAAAACAAGACCUGAUGGAGGCGCUUCAGGAGUUCCCCCAUGCCAGGGCCCAGCUAGAGCAGAGGGGGCGGGACAUCCUGCAGAAGGAGGGGCUUCUGGAGGAAGUGAAUGUGUCUGCAGGGGAGGAGCUUGAAGAGAAGGUGGAGAGGCUGGAAACCAGUCUGGACCGGCUACAGACGUGUUUGGCCCGUCUGCAGAGUGAGUUCAACUCUUCCCAGCUUCGACUAAAACAGCGGAUCACAAACCUCGAAACCAACGUCACCACAGUGUGCACAGGCAGCGGCUUCCUGUCAGACGGAAACGAGAGUGUUUUCGGUGACGGUGUGCGCAGUGAAAUCAACAUCCGGCUCUGAAGGAGAGACUAUGAAAAUAUGUGGAAAUAGAACAAAGAAUGUCACAAAAUACUUACUGCGUUUUUUGUUAAUUCGCAAAUAUGUAUGUACAUAAAUGUGUGCGUUUACGUAUUACGUUGGUUACUUAACUUUUUUAAAUCAAACAUUUACAAGUUUACACAAUUUCUUCAAAGGAGUAUGAGAACAUAUCUGUGUACUGUUUAAUGUAUUCUAAUGCUACUAAAUGUAUCACUGCUUUGUGUCUCAACUUUUAAACUGCCAAAAAAGUUGCAGACACGCAAUUAAGAUAAAUAAAGUAAAAUAAAUAUUUGAAUAACAAACAUAUUCAAACCAAUACACUACUAUGGAACUACUGGAAACUUUCCAUGGGAAUUAACAGGAAUAAACGGGAAUGAACUGGGAAUUUUCAAAAUUGAAGGUUGGCUCUUCAAAGGGAACUUAAAUAUAGUUGGAGAAAGUAUAUUUCAGCACAAUCUUGACUAAAACAAACAGAUGCCAUUCAAGUACACUUGAAUAUCCAUGCCAUAGCACACUGCUUAC